AAAGGAAUCUAAAUUGACAGCAAGGUUUUGCUGCAAUAGCAGGUUAGAACAGCAAGUUUUGCUGCCCUGAGGAAUCAAUGAUGAUAGAUAAUGACCAAGCCAAGAAAGGACCUGGGGGAGCAAGGGGAGACAAGGCUGCCCUCAAGACAACAGAUCUGGACUCACCUUAUUAUCUUCAUCCCAGUGAUGAUCCUGGCAAGGUUCUAGUCACAUCUCCUUUAACAGGAGAAAACUUCCAUACAUGGAGGAGAGCGAUGCAGAAUGCUCUAUAUACAAAGAACAAAAUGGGGUUCAUUGAUGGAACUCUUAAGAAGCCAAGUGCAGAUUGUCCAGAAUUUCUGGCACUUGGACGAAGUGUAACUCCAUGGCUCAUGAACCUGUGCCAACAUGUACUUAUGGCUGCACUUGUGAUCUUGAAUAUGGAACCAUUACCAUCUCUCAACAAGGUUUACUCAAUGGCCACAAAAGAAGAAAAACAGCAAAUGGUGUCUGCAUCUAGAAGUCCAGCUAUAGAGGCAACGGCUUUAGCAGCAAAGACAAGUUAUAACAGAAAGGUGAGCACAUCAGGGAAACCACGUUGUGAUCACUACAAAAGGAUAGGCCACACAAAGGAAAGAUGCUAUGAAAUAAUAGGCUAUCCAGUGAGUUGGAAACCAGGACAAACGAAGAUGAGGGGUAAGGGGGAGCAGCAAAAACAUCAGAACACAGAUAAGGAUGUGAUUUUCGCAGCAAAUGCAUCACUUGACCCACAGAUGACUGGAGGUCAAUUGGAUCAAUCACCAAUUACAGGACUUACCAAGGCGCAGUAUGAUCAACUCCUCACGCUUCUUGGUGGUAAUUCUGAUUCUAAACAAUCUAUCAAUCUUGCUGGACCUAGCCUCGAGGAGGUUGAUUGGAAUGGGUAAGCUUCGUGAUGGGCUCUACUAUUGUGAUUUUGGGCAUGUAGCAGCCACUAGUCAUACCAAGAAGGAGGACACAUCCUUGGAGUUAUGGCAUCAACGGCUUGGGCAUGCACCUCUAGAACGACUAGCCAAAAUAUCUUCCUUACCUUCAUGUUCAAAUCAAAUAAAACAUGUUUGUGAUGCUUGUCAUCGAGCUAAGCAAACAAGACUACCUUUUCCUAUUAGCAAUAAUAAAUCUGCUCAUCCUUU